AUGGUGAUCCUGAUGAUCAUAUCACUGGUCAUCCUGUCUGUCAUCAUGCUCACUCCUGGUAAGAGGAAAACAAGCUAUGCUCAGAGACAGAUGAGACUACAGUCUCUGGGUCUCCCAAUACCCCCACUAGCACAGGCCUACUACUUAAUACUAUCAGUCCCAAGCCAAAUCAGCCUAUCAGUCGGGUUUUGUCACUAAUUUCAUGUAUCUGCUUGGCAAGCCCUCAUAUUUAGCCUUACAUUGAAGUGCUUUACUAUUUGCUUUUCAGGACAACCAGUAGAAUGAAAAACGAUUUGACAUAAAAGUUACAUUCAUGAGGUUAACUUAUGCCACUACAAAAAUGAGAUCCACCAAACAAAAACCUGAUUUAAAAAAAGAGGCAUUUAUAAGAAUAAUGUAAGUACAGGACAUUUUGUCUCAGUGGGAAAUUAAUAUUCAAAAAGUCAGUGACAACUGUGUUCAAUUUGGAGUUUGUGAGAGCAACUACAUGAGUCUAUUACAGUAUUAUAUGCACUAUUUCCUGGGCAAAAAUGGAUGAAAUUGACCGUUAUAUCCACAAAACAUCACCCAUUGUCUUAUACCCAUGUCUGUGAUCUGUCUUUCAUUGUUUGAAGUCUGUCUGGGAGCUAUAAGAAAGCUCAGGAAAACAUCUGGAAUGAUCACAAUGCAAUACCUCUUUAUGAUAUUCAAUGUAGAAAAAGUCCUGUGCGCAUCAUAGAGCAAAACCGAUAAAACGUGCGUUUUCGUGAGAGUCUAAGCUUUUCCAUGAUGGGGUCAUAAUAGUCUGUAGCUCAAACUGUUCGAACUCUAAAUAUGUUUUCAUGAGAACAACCGAUUUCGGUAUCCUCUUUUGUCUUACAAACUCCGCUCUAAGUCAGCCUUCACCCAUAGCACAGACUAAUUGUGGGCAUCCACGGAUUCAGCGAAAAUAGACGCAUCCAGACUAUUUUUAAGAGGGUUUAGAAGCAUGCAAAAAUCGUCCACGAAAUAUUGGGACUGAGUGUUAAAAUGGAGUAAUACAUUUGGCAUGCAUUAUGCAGUAUGGAAGCAGAUUCAUGCAAUGUUUUAUUUGUAUUUAUUUUGGCAUGAAUCUGCUUCCAUAUCAGAGUGGUAUACUGUAGCAUUUGUACCACUUCCUCCAACAUUUGGCCCUUUGUUCCUGCUACUCACCCCUCUCUGUCUUCAUCUUUGUUGCAGAUGAGUCUCUCCUGUUCCAGCGCUCCCGUCUCACGCUGGAGGACCUGGACAAAGACGAUUUCAAAGUUCAUGACCCCCAUGUGACCUGGCUCAACGGUGAGCCAGGCUUCCAUGACACAGAUUUCAUUUACAAAACAUGCAUGUCAAGCCUUAAAUGAUUUAUAUACUUUUUGACAGGCUGCCCACCUUUUGUAGCAUACUGUACACCCUGUGGCUUCACUGUAACUUGACAUGAUUUACGGAGCAUUCUGUCUGCGUCCCAAAUGGCACCCUAUUCCCUAUAAAGUGUACUACUUUUGACCAGGGCCAAUAUUGCAGUGUGGUAAAUAUUGAUCAUAUAGGCUAUAUCGUAUAUACUGUACCUCACAUGCGACCCAUAAUAAGACUAUGCAAUUAGCCUAUUAAAAUGUUUAUCUGACACCAUAAAGACGAUUUAGCAAUAUGCAAGAGACUACAGUUGAGUUACAGGAAUUGGAAGGUCAAGAAAGGUCUGUGAAUGGAAUUCUAAAUGUAAGUGUAUUUUAUUAACAUUGUAAAAUGAAUGGAUUCACAUACAAGGCAUAAAGCUUAAUUUACAAAGCAUGAACAAGCAUUACAAGGCAUUAUUCUAGACAUGAUCAGAGAGGGAGAGAGAGAGAGAGAGAGAGAAGUCAUAGGCUAAAAGGCCAUGCCCCAAGAGUCCCAGGGGUGGAGAGAGAAAGAAAGAGAGACAGUGUAUCUCACCAGUGCAGGUCAGGAACAAAGAAGAGAAAGAGACAAUUAAUCUAAGGCCCUUUUAUAAGCAUCUGAGUUGUUUGGAGUCAAAAUCUGAGUUGUUGACCAAUAGCGUUACUGUUGAGUUAACCUCCAAUCAGAUAUCAGACCUACAGGACGUGAAGACAACAGAACCUCUGCUACCCAGAGGUGUGACAGAAUGGGAGUUGGAGAGAUAAUGCAGCAUUCCUAAGACAACACAAAGGAAACCCUUGCAUACAGUGUAAAGAGUCACUUCGGGGGCUGCCCAACAGUAUGGCUCGAGUCAAAAGUAGUGCACUAUAUAGGGAAUAGUGUGCCAGUUGGGACACUUCAUGCUACUGUUGACAUGUAGAGCACAGCACAGCUCAUCAAGUCAACACAAAUCAUGUAACAGUCCUCAGGUUUGUUUACAUUUACAUUUUACAUUUUACGUUAUUUAGCAGACGCUCUUAUCCAGAGCGACUUACAGGAGCAAUUAGGGUUAAGUGCCUUGCUCAAGGGCACAUCGACAGAUUUUUCACCUAGUUGGCUCGGGGAUUAGAACCAGCGACCUUUCGGUUACUGGCACAACGCUCUUAACCACUAAGCUACCUGCCGCCCCAGGUAGGGACCAAAGUUGUUGUAGGGACCAAAGUUACAACGUGACAGGAGCUCAGUAUAUGUUUUAUGGAACAUACUCUUGUUAUUAAUACAUGUUGAUGUUGACUGUUCUGCAUCUAAGCUGCACUCUAGGGAAUCAAAGAACUACCUCCAGGGGACUUACUUUACUUCUGCCUCAAGGACCCCCUACUACCUGUUCAAUAAGGGCCCGAUUCCGACCCGAGUUAAGCGCCCGUAGAUGGAACGUAAUUCCCUUUUUAUGCACUUUUCUCUCUAUGUAUAUUCUGACCAUGAACUUAAGCAUGAGAAUUGUAUGCUAUUCACCUGCUAUUCGUUUUGGAUGGAGAUCAAAUAAAUUAAGGUGUGUCUACAGAUACCCGUAUUCUGACCUUGACUUAAUUCCCUAAUAAUUCCACCACCUUUACGCAUGAGGAAACCAUGAUUAAGGUCUAGCGAACCUACUGGUUCCAAAUGGAAAAAGCCUCUACUUAAUUUUUUCAGAAAUAACAUAAUUCUCCAUGCACUGUAAUUUACAACUUGAUAAGAGUGAUUGAUAAGAGCUAGAUAAAUGAGUAAUCCGUUUGGAUAAGGGAAUUGUAAAUAUAAAUGACACUUGUUUUUUUGGCUUUGCCAAUUACUAUCAGAGGUUUAUCCGGGGCUUUGGCAAGGUCGCAGCUCCCAUCACCUCUCUGUUGAAGGGUGGGCCAUCCUGGCUCCGCUGGUCUGCUGAGGCUGACAGGGCUUUCAGUAACCUGAGGGCUCUGUUCACCUCAGCCCCGGCACUGGCCCAUCCCGAUCCAUCAUUGCCAUUUGUAGUGGUGGUGGACGCGUCCGAGGUAGGGGUAGGCGCUGUCCUAUCCCAACGCUCGGGUAGGCCACCCAAGCUCCUCCCCUGUGCCUUCUUCUCUAAGAAGCUCAGCCCAGCGGAGCAGAACUACAACGUUGGUGAUCGGGAGCUGUUGGCUGUUGUCAGAGCCCUGACCGAGUGGAGGCACUGGUUUGAGGGGGCGAAACACCCUUUCCUCGUCUGGACUGACCACCGUAACCUGGAGUACAUCCGGGCAGCGAGGAUCUGAGCCCUCGCCAGGCCAGGUGGGCCUUGUUCUUCACCCGAUUUGAUUUCACACUGUCCUACAUCCCAGGCACAAAGAACGUGAAGGCAGACGCACUGUCACGGCUGUACGACACAGAGGAGAGGCCCAUAGACAACACCCCCAUACUCCCGGCCUCCUGCAUUGUGGCGCCGGUAGUGUGGGCGGUGGAAGCAGAUAUAGAGAGGGCAUUACGCACAGAGCCAACUCCACCUCAGUGCCCAGCUGGGAUGCGGUACGUGCCGUCUAUUGUCUGUGAUCGUCUUAUCUAUUGGGCACACAUAUCCCCCUCCUCUGGUCACCCAGGCAUCGGCCGUACAGUGCUCUGCCUGACCAGGAAGUACUGGUGGCCUACCUUGGCUAAGGACAUGAGGGUGUAUGUCUCCUCCUGCUCAGUGUGCGCCCAGAGUAAGGCACCUAGGCACCUUCCAGUGGGUAAGUUACAUCCCUUACCAGUUCCACAACGGCCAUGGUCCCGCUUAUCAAUUGACUUCCUAACUGAUCUUCCCCUCUCUCAGGGUUACACCACCAUCCUGGUCGUUGUGGACCGAUUUUCUAAAGCCUGCCGCCUCCUUCCUCUGCCCGGUCUCCCCACGGCCCUGCAAACAUACGGAAGCCCUGUUUACUCACGUCUUCCGGCACUACGGGGUGCCAGAGGUGUCUGACCGGAGUCCCCAGUUUACGUCCAGGGUCUGGAAGGCGUUCAUGGAAUGUCUGGGGGUCUCGGUCAGCCUGACCUCUGGGUUUCACCCCGAAUCUAAUGGGAAGGUGGAACGGGUGAAUCAUGAUGUGGGUAGGUUCCUGCAGUCCUACUGCCAGGACCGGCCGGGGGAGUGGUCGGUGUUCUUGCCAUGGGCCGAAUACACCCAGAACUCUCUCUGCCACUCCUCCACUAACUCCAUUUCAAUGUGUUUUAGGUUAUCAGCCGGUCCUGGCACCGUGGCAUCAGGACCGAAGCUCCUUUGGUGGAUGACUGGUUUCGGCGCGCGGAGGAGACGUGGAAUGUUGCCCACGUCCACCUCCAGCGUGCCGUGCGUCGCCAGAAGGCCAACGCUGACCGCCACCGCAGUGAGGCCCCGGUCUUUGUACCGGGUGAUCGGGUCUGGCUCUCGACCCGGAAAUUGCCCCUCCGCCUGCCCUGCCGGAAGCUGAGCCCGUGGUUUGUGGGGCUGUUCAAAGUCCUGAGGAGAGUAAAUGAGGUUACGUAUGGGUUACUACUCCCUCCUGAUUGCCGUAUUAACCCCUCGUUUCACGUGUCUCUCUUCAGGCCGGUGGUGGCUGGUCCGCUCCAGGAGUCUGAGGUGCGGGAGGUUCCUCCGCCCCCUCUGGACAUCGAGGGGGCCCCGGCGUACUCCAUCCAUUCCAUCCUGGAUUCGAAGCGUCGGGUGGGGGGCCUUCAGUAUCUCAUGGAGUGGGAGGGGUGCGGUCCGGAGGAGGGGUACUGUCACUACUUCCUCCGAAGCUGCCUCUCCUUGUUCGGGCAGGCUUCGGCGCUCGUCGUCACCGGCCUUCUAGCCACUGCCGCUCCUCAUCUCAUCAUCUCAUCAUUCCAUUUGUUUUGUCUUGUUUUUACACACACCUGGUUCAUAUCCCCACAUCAGUACCUGUAUACGUAUUUCCCUAUGCCCCCCAUGUCUAUGUGUGUGAUUGUUUUCAUGUAGAGAUGACGAUAGCUCGGUGGAGCUUUAUUGUAUUGUAUCGCGGGGAUAUUCACCCAUGUGUGUUGUUUUCUCCAGUGCGCCGUUAUACCGCACUGUAGUGUUUUACGCAAAUGCUGCGUACCACUGUAUCUGCCGAAUAAACCAUUUAUUCUGUGAUUUACCCUCCUGCGCCUGACUCCGUCCAAUUCACCCGCUACAUUAAUCCCUAAUAUUCUGAACCCGUUCUCUCUAUAUAUUCUACUAAGUCUGUUGACAAACUUCUAACUAAAAGGUACACUGUAUUUAAAGGGAUGGCUUAAGAUGGCUUAAGAUAAAUAUACUGAAAACCCUAUUGAAUGGUAUGUCUCCUGAGUGGCGCAGUGGUCUAAGGCACUGCAUCGCAGUGCUAAUCUGUGCCACUAGAGAUCCUGGUUCGAAUCCAGGCUCUGUCGCAGCCGGCCGCGACCGGGAGACUCAUGGGCGGCGCACAAUUGGCCCAGCGUCGUCCAGGGUAGGGGAGGGAAUGGCCGGCAGGGAUGUAGCUCAGUUGAUAGAGCAUGGCGUUUGCAACGCCAGGGUUGUGGGUUCGAUUCCCACGGGGGGCCAGUAUAAAAAAAAAUAUGUAUUCACUAACUGUAAGUCGCUCUGGAUAAGAGCGUCUGCUAAAUGACUAAAAUGUAAAUGUAAUGAAUGAAAACUUGUUGGAGGGUUUUCAGUGGUUGAAUUACAUUUAUUCAGCAUGCGCUAGGGAACCACUCCUGCAAAGCCCGUUAUACACCUUCAUAAGGUAAGUUUGAAUAUCAUCUACUGAAAAGUGAGUAGGAAAGGCGUGCGUAAGAAAGGUGUAAUUUCCACAAUCGUAAUCGGGCCCAAUCCAAAACAUAACCAUUUGAGGCAUUGAUGAAAGGUUGCUCAGUGAAUGAAGAAAUCUAUUAACAAAAUACACAUAUGUAUGUCACAUACGGUACAUGUACAAUACAUGUACAACAAGUAUUUAAUACACUGCCGAUUUUGCAGGUUUUCCUACUUACAAAGCAUGUAGAGGUCUGUAAUUUUUUAUCAUAGGUACACUUCAACUGUGAGAGACGGAAUCUAAAACAAAAAUCCAGAAAAUCACAUUGUAUGAUUUUUAAGUAAUUAAUUUGCAUUUUAUUGCAUGACAUAAGUAUUUGAUACAUCAGAAAAGCAGAACUUAAUAUUUGGUACAGAAACCUUUGUUUGCAAUUACAAAGAUCAUACGUUUCCUGUAGGUCUUGACCAGGUUUGCACACACUGCAGCAGGGAUUUUGGCCCACUCCUCCAUACAGACCUUCUCCAGAUCCUUCAGGUUUCGGGUCUGUCGCUGGGCAAUACGGACUUUCAGCUCCCUCUUAAGAUUUUCUAUUGAGUUCAGGUCUGGAAACUGGCUAGGCCACUCCAGGACCUUGAGAUGGUUUUUACGGAGCCACUCCUUAGUUGCCCUGGCUGUGUGUUUCGGGUCGUUGUCAUGCUGGAAGACCCAGCCACGACCCAUCUUCAAUGCUCUUACUGAGGGAAGGAGGUUGUUGGCCAAGAUCUCGCGAUACAUGGCCCCAUCCAUCCUCCCCUCAAUACGGUGCAGUCGUCCUGUCCCCUUUGCAGAAAAGUAUCCCCAAAGAAUGAUGUUUCCACCUCCAUGCUUCACGGUUGGGAUGGUGUUCUUGGGGUUGUACUCAUCCUUCUUCUUCCUCCAAACACGGCGAGUGGAGUUUAGACCAAAAAGCUCUAUUUUUGUCUCAUCAGACCACAUGACCUUCUCCCAUUCCUCCUCUGGAUCAUCCAGAUGGUCAUUGGCAAACUUCAGACGGGCCUGGACAUGCGCUGGCUUGAGCAGGUGGACCUUGCGAUUUUAAUCCAUGACGGCGUAGUGUGUUACUAAUGGUUUUCUUUGAGACUGUGGUCCCAGCUCUCUUCAGGUCAUUGACCAAGUCCUGCCGUGUAGUUCUGGGCUGAUCCCUCACCUUCCUCAUGAUCAUUGAUGCCCCACGAGGUGAGAUCUUGCAUGGAGCCCCAGACCGAGGGUGAUUGACUGUCAUCUUGAACUUCUUCCAUUUUCUAAUAAUUGCGCUAACAGUUGUUGCCUUCUCACCAAGCUGCUUGCCUAUUGUCCUGUAGCCCAUCCCAGCCUUGUGCAGGUCUACAAUUUUAUCCCUGAUGUCCUUACACAGCUCUCUGGUCUUGGCCAUUGUGGAGGUUGGAGUCUGUUUGAUUGAGUGUGUGGACAGGUUUCUUUUAUACAGGUAACGAGUUCAAACAGGUGCAGUUAAUAAAGGUAAUGAGUGGAGAACAGGAGGGCUUCUUAAAGAAAAACUAACAGGUCUGUGAGAGCCGGAAUUCUUACUGGUUGGUAGGUGAUCAAAUACUUAUGUCAUGCAAUAAAAUGCAAAUUAAUUACUUAAAAAUCAUACAAUGUGAUUUUCUGGAUUUUUGUUUUAGAUUCCGUUUCUCACAGUUGAAGUGUACCUAUGAUAAAAAUGACAGACCUCUACAUGCUUUGUAAGUAGGAAAACCUGCAAAAUCGGCAGUGUAUCAAAUACUUGUUCUCCCCACUGUAUAUUUGACAUAAAUCCAAUGACCUCUAUAUUACAUUACACUUAACAGUUUAUUAAUUUAGCAGACACUCUCUUUACUUUAGGAGAAUCAGGACGGUUUCCCAGACCUAGAUUAAGCCUAGUUCCGGAUUAAACAUCAUUCUCAAUGGAAAAUCUCAAUCAAAAGUGUUUUUUUGUCCACGACUAGGCUUAAUCUGGGUCUGGGAAACCAGUCCUUCAUGUUUCAACAACAACUCUGUCUUCUGUUUAUUUGCCAGUCUCACCACUGCAUGGCUUCUACUCUAUCUCCCCUCUGUAGAUGAUGAGGUGGCCUUUCGCACCAGGCAAGGGCACAUCCUGAAACACAGCCUGAGUGAGAACCUCACCAUCUCUCUGCUGGAUGGCAGCAUCCUAGUGAGUACAGACACCACAAACAAAACUCUACUCCAGGGUGAUUGAUUGACAGACUGAUGGAUCUUGCAGCUUGGAUGGCUGAUAUGCUUCAUCAUACAUAUCCAUACUCCCAGUCUCCCACAGGUGUCAAAUUGUAUUUGAGAAAUAAUGCCUCCUCCCACUGCAGUUUCUAUUAGCAUUUUUAUCUUCUUUUUUUUCUGUUUUACAAGAAUCUGAAGGACACAAAGUUUCAAGUGUCACCAGACCAGAAGUAUAUUCUGCUGGCUUACAACUUGCAUCUGGUAGGUAAAGUUUAACAGUCAGUGUAUCUGAUAUUAUAUUAUAUCUUAUAUUUCAAGACAAAACUGGGAACUUACUGCUGAUUUGUAUCCAUACCUCCACCCCUGUAUAAAUAGACUGAUUUACUUCUGCUCUAAGCUAUGUCUUUAAUAUUUUAUCAGGAUAUUUUAAUUCAGAUGGGACUAAGCUAAGAUUAUUGAGAGAAAACAAACAAUUCUGAAAACAGUUAUGCUCCCAAAGGCCUUGUUUUAUCCAAUUCAGAAUCUGGCACAGUUUCUCUUUUGGGGUGGGCGUUUAUUAUUCUUAAAGACUUUGAAACGCCUCAAUCCAUCUCUUCUGUUUAUACAAAUAAUAUAAAAUAUGUGGCCUCCGGGUCAUCAUGUAAUUUAACAGUUUUACUUCAGCCAAAAAACGUGUUGUGUAUGCAUGUGUUUGUGUGUAUAUUCUCAUGCUUUUGUGUUUCUACCAGGGACUUUCUUGAGCUAAACCCACACAGAGUGAAGCCAUCUGCUCUUCAAUAUGCCACAUGGGGUCCCAAUGGAAAUCAAUUGGUGAGGCCCUAAGGCAGGAGUGCACAACAUGCGGCCCACAGCCCAAAUACGUCCCGAGAGAUGCUCUUUUUUGGCCCAUUAUGUUCACACACUGUAUGUUCAUUUGUGUAUGUUAUAUUUACAUUGACUUACAUAGGCACUCUGUUAUUUUGGCAGAUCUACAUCUUUCAGAAUAACCUCUACUACCAGCCAGGUGUGUACAGUGGUCCUGUACGUCUCAGCACUACAGGCAGUGGGUCUGUUAUCAACGGGCUGUCAGACUGGACAUAUGAGGGUGAGAGAGACGCUGCCUCUGUAAAGUAAAAUCAUACUUACUUACUUAGUCCUUUUCUUCCCGGGUAGGACAUAAGGCCGCAACAAUCUUCUGCCACUGGAGUCUGUCAUUGGCCACAGCUUGCGCCCUGUCCCAUGAGAGACCCAUCUCAUCCAGCUCAACCGCCACUGUUCGUCGCCGUGUAGUUUUUAGCCUGCCUCGUUUGUGCUUUCCUGUUGGUGUCCACCUGACAGAACAACACCAUAGACUGUAACGAUCUCGGUUCGACAGACGCUGGGAGACGGGAAGCAAGUACAGGGUGAUGAUUUAAUAAAUAAAAGACAUGGAACAAAACACGGACAGCGUCUGGACAGGGGAAACGAAACAACAUCAAUACAGACACCGGGAUCAAACUGGGGAACAGACAGAUAUAGAGGAGGCAAUCAACAAAGUGAAGGAGUCCAGGUGAGUCCAAUGAGCGCUGAUGCGCUUAAUGAUGGUAACAGGUGUGCGUAAUGAUGGGCAGCCUGGCGCCCUCAAGCGCCAGGGAGGGGGAGCGGGAGGGAGCGGGAGCAGGCGUGACAGUUCUCAACUUCUGGUUUUAGUUUUCCUGGACAAGUAAGAACCCUGAGGAGAGGAAAUGCCUAUUCUAAUCAUUAAGUGAUUCGAUUCAAUUAAAUGAAUGUGGCUGCAUGAAGACAAGAUAAAUGGAUUUCAGUCGGACUUGGAGGGAGAGAAAUGGAAUACUAAAAUAAGUAGUGUUAAGUAAUGGGAAUGAGUCGAGAUGAUUUGGGCCCACAGUUGCCCACAGUUUCUCUUCUGACCACGUGGCCUUCGGGUCUGGUCAAGUCACAUUGACAGGAAAACCUCUAGGCCCUAGAUCAAGGAUGGGCAACUGUGCUCGGGGGCCUGAUUAGUGUCACACUUUUGCCCGAGCCCCAGCUAACACACCUGACCCAAUAAUCAACUAAUUAUCAGUUUAGAAUGCAAUUAGUUUAAUCAGCUGUAUUUGCUCGGGAUGGGGAAAAAGUGUGAUACCACUCCGACCCCUGAGGACUGGAGUUGCCCAUCUCUGCCCUAUAUACUGUAUGAUGACCAAUAACUGUGGAAAUUACUCUUUCCGGCCAACAGGAGGCGCCCCUCUUCACUAGAGAUGGCUCUGUGUUAUACAUCACUCUGCUUGCCGCACAAGGGGGUCACGGAGAGUAUCGACACGUAGCUGUCCUCCCUGCUCAGGUCAGAGUUGCGUUUCAGCCUUAUCUACCUUGCUUUAUCUUAUUUGGCCCAAGUCAGUCUAUUUUGAAUGGCUACGGUUUUCUCCUCACUACCCUCUUUCACAAUGACCCCUUCAGCUACCUUUAACUCCCUCGCUCCCUCCCUCUUACACGGUCUCUGUCUCUGUGUCCUUGGCUUGUCUCUCUUUCUCUCUCUCCCUGCAGCCUUUGACUUCCCCCAUGUCUCCACGAUUCCUGACAUCAGGGCACUGGGAUGUGAUGUCACUCUGUGGCCUGGAUGAAGACACAGAGAAAAUGUGGGAGGAGAAAAGAGAUUUGCUUAUCCUCUGUUGGUGUGACUGCAGCUGGCAUUAAUGUAACCACAGCACAUCAGCCUGAUAUGGUUUAUGUCUGUGUGCAGAUACUUCGUCAGCACAGAGGCAUCCAAACACAGCAGACACCUUUACAGGUAAAUAUGCACAAGACCCUAUAAUUAUACCAUAAUCAAUAAGUAGAUCCAUAUGUUUUUCCUGACCAUGUGACCUGACCAGCGAAAACUCUAAGCACUAGCCCAGACUUUAUCCUGGUAAAGUCCCUUGGUCGGGAGUAACUCAGGUCCAUAAGAAAUGUUUACAUCAUUCAGUCUGAAUUUUUUCUAUUCACUGUUCCUCUCUCUCAGUGUGAACCUCGGGGGUUUGUCCCAAAGACACUGUCUUACCUGCACACUCUCAGAGACCUGCCGCUUUUACAAGCCACAGUUCAACCCCAGCCUCACUCGCUUUAUCCUCCACUGCUUGGGUGAAUCUCUCUCUCUCCAUCUAUCUCUUUCUCUCUUUCUUUCCUUUUUUCUGUCCUUCAUCUUGAUGUCUCUUUGUUGUAGGCCCUGGCAUCCCCAGAGUGACUGUCCACAACACCAGAGAACAUUUCAGUGAGCUCUACACAAGUUGUUUUUCAUGUCUACUAGGUUUUAUAAUUGAGCUACAGUAUAUACAGUAUACAUGCUUCCUGUAUGUACGGCUCCACAUUCCAUCUUUACUCAAUUUGUCUAAACAAAUGGGAUGGAAAGGGCUAGGCUAGGGGGGAGUAUUUGUGUUUGUGACCCUUUUCGAGCUGAUUACAUUGUUUGACUAUAGCCUUCAUCCUGUCCUUAACUCACAACUUGAAUUAGCUAUUUGACAAUAUAUUGUCUGAGCAAAGGUUGAUAUUGAGCAAAAUCUAAUAUGUGUAGAUGUCUUACAAUGUCGGCAGCUGUUGUCCUAGAACACUUGAAUGAUUGUUAGUUCAGCCAGAUGUUUUAUGUUCAGUAUUCAGUCACUGGUGAGGAAGUGUCCCAAACAGCACACUAUUCCCUAUAUAGUGCACUACUUUUGACCAAAGGAAGAAAAAGAGAGGAAACCACUCUUUUUCUUAGAGAACUUAUUAUGACUUACCAUGAAUUGAGAGCAACUGUGGUAUCCAUGUUGCAGAUAUGCAUCUAAAGCUGGGUCUACCACAGGGGUAUGAAGAAGGCCUGCAUCCUCUCCUCAUCAUCCUGUAAGAUCUGCAAAAAGAAGCAAGCAAGAAAACGUUAAACACUAAUGCAAACUUUAAGGGUUAAUAUAUAAGACAUAGACUUAAGUUUGCAAGCCAAUAUUUCAUAACAAGAUCGAUAUUUUUGACACAGGUGUCCUACAAAUCGUAAUAAUUAUUAACAUAAAAGAUCCAUAACUUCCUAAAUGUCUUCCUCAGUGUAUUCACUUCUCCUCCACCUAACUUUGUUGACUUCCUGAUCCCAUUUCCUUUCUUCUCAUCUCUGUCUGUGUGUCUCAGGGAUGGAGCCCCUGACACUCAGGCAGUCACAGACCGUUUCUCUCUGGGCUGGCCCCAGGUCCUUUCCAGUAUCCACAGUGUGGCUCUGGCCUGGGUGGACGGCAGGAGUGGGGCGGCACACAGCCUGAGGUCACCUAACCUUGACCCCAGGAAACUCAGCUCCCAGAGAGUCAAAGACCAGCUGAGCGUAGUAGAGUGAGUCAUCAAUGAUGAGUACAGCGUAGAUUUGAGCAGCAUCUAAAUAAUUUCUUAGUUAUACCGUAUUUAAGAAAUGAAUCGUUCCAUGUCAUCCAAAUCUGUUUCAUGGAUAAUUUCCUGCAAUUGUACAAAUGUUGCUAUGGGGCGGAGAUUAAAUGUUACGGUUUUAAAGCUAGUUUUCUGCAAUUCUACACAUUUUGUCAUUGGGGCUGAGAGAAAAAAUUGCAGUUUUAAAGCAAAUUUCCUUGUUUCUACACAUUUUGCCAUGGGACUGAGUGAAAAUGCGCAGUUUAAAAGCUAAUGUCCUGCAAUUCUACACAUUUUGCCAUGGCUUAUGUCGUGUUCUUAUGCUAACUGAGUGACUCAAACAUUAUAACAAAAUCAAUGGGGGCAUGACAUUUUUUUACUUUAGAUUCUCCCUGACUGUCUAGUUUUUAUUUUGGUGAUUGUUAGUUUUCCAAGAUGAUCAAAAAAAAAAAAUAUAUAGCUCCUUUAUAUUUUCUACAUACUUUGUAUCUGGUUUCAGUCAUUUAAGUUUACACUGAAAACAUUUUACCAUCCCGAAAUUAUUAUACUUUUUUAAAGAUCAUAUGAAUAUAGGGGAAACACUGUAUUUCAACAAAAUAAUGUUUCAGGAAUGCUAAUCAUAUCUGUCACUAACUACAGAAACAAUUUCAGAACAAUCUGAGAUGGUGGGAAUACUCUUUCUUGUGCUUUUUGAGGUGGAAAGACCCCAAUGCAUUCUUUGCUACAGGUGGUUGUUGGAGUUGCCGUACAUUGACAACAGAAGAAUUGCGCUGUAUGGAAAGGUAUAGGGUCUAUUUCCAAAUAUAUUGCUGCACUGAUUCUAGCAGACCCAGCCAAAGUGGAAAAGAGCUUAAAACAUCCAUGUUAGAUCAAACAGUAUUCUGUAUGUAGUCACCUCUGGAUGUGAGUACCCCACUCUAUCUUUUCAACAGGCAUUUGGUGGACUUCUGACACUGAAGAUGAUGGCAGCAGCCAAAAUAUUUAAAUGUGCUGCAGUGAUGGCUCCAAUCACAGACUUCAAAAUCUACAGUACGUCCCCCAACAUUUAGGAAUAAUCUGUGUUGCUUUCAUCUUUGUACUGUGUCUGCCAGUUUGUUACCCAAUUAUUCAAUCUUAUACCUAGCCCGGUUCUUACUUGGUUUAUCUUUUAGAUUUUGUUAUCGAUUUAUAAACAAUAAUGACUGUCAUAAUAGAUGCUGCUUUCUCUGAGAGAUACCUGGGUCUUCCAGCCAGUGAGGAGAGCUUCUACAGAGUAAGUCAAGAUCUUGUUCUUCGCAUUGUAUGUAAAGUAUAAGAUGGUGUAACAUUGUCUCUCUCACAUGCACUCAACUUGUCCCUUUAGUCUUCCUUUGAACGAAAAACAGGUUGUGACUAGAUGGAGUACAGCUAAGACCAGAAGUGACUUUUCAUAGCAGAUUAGGAGAGCAUUUAAACUAACCCUAACCCUUUUCCUAACUUUAACCUAAUUCUCCUAACCUGCUACAUUAAUUAUCCUAACCUGCUAUGAAAAAGUCACUUCUGGUUGUAGCUGUAUUCCACCUAGUCAGCAUUCCAAAAACCUGGGUCUUAGUUAACCUCUAUGGGAUCAGGGUCCUUUAUACGGGACAGUUGAGCUAACGUGCGCUAAUGUGAUUAGCAUGACUGUUGUAAGUAACAGCAAACUUUCCAGGACAUAGACAUGUCUUAUAUGGACAGAAAGCUUACAUUUCUGUUAAUCAAACUGCGCUGUCCAAUUUACAGUAGCUAUUACAGUGAAAAGAAUACCAUGCUAUUGUUUGAGGAGAGUGCACAACAACAACAAAACUUGUCACAGCAACUGGUUUGAUACAUUCACCUCUGAAGGUAAAUAAUGUACUUAAAUCCAGUAAUCUUGCUCUGAUUUGUCAUCCUGGGGGUCCCAGAGAUAAAAUGUACCAUAGUUUUGUUUGAUAAAAUCAAUUUUUAUAUUUAAAUGUAGGAACUGGGUUCUACAGUUUGAACCCUUGCUGUCUCUGGCUCCACCCCCACCCCGCCCGGCCAUCUAGAUGUGUGAAAGUUAGUGUAUAAGCUAAUGAUCCAUCAUGUAUGACAUUCCUGGGAGUGUGUAAACUUACAUUUUGUAUUACCAUAUAAUUUUUGUAUGUUCUCUAUAGUUAUGUACUUGAAAAUGUAUCAAUUGACCAAUUCGGCACAUUUGGGCAGAUUUGAUACAAAAUAGUCCAGUAUUGCAAUGCUUCACUGGAUCAAUCUGAAACUUUGCACACACACACUGCUGCCAUCUAGUGGCCAAAAUCUAAAUUGCGCCUAAACUGCAAUAUUAUAUUACAUUGACAUUUUAGUCAUUUAGCAGAUGCUCUUAUCCAGAGCGACUUACAAUUAGUGAGUGCAUAAAUUUUUUCAUACUGGCCCCCCGUGGGAAACGAACCCACAACCCUGGCGUUGCAGGUGCCAUGCUCUACCAACUGAGCUACAGGGGACAAACAUAUUGUGGCCUUUCUCUUGCAUUUCAAAGAUGAUUGAAAAAAAAAAAAUAGAAAACGCAUGUUUUUUGGUUUGUAUUAUCUUUAACCAAAUCUAAUGUGUUAUAUUAUCCUACAUUCAUUUCACAUUUCCACAAACUUCAAAGUGUUUCCUUUCAAAUGGUAUCAAGAAUAUGCAUAUCCUUGCUUCAGGUCCUGAGCAACAGGCAGUUAGAUUUGGGUAUGUCAUUUUAGGCGAAAAUUGAAAGAAAGGGUCCGAUCCUUAAGUAAACAUGUCUUCUCAGGCUGCCUCUUUGCUGGAUGAUGUGGUCAAUCUGAAGGACAAGAACUUCCUCCUUUUACAUGGAACCGCAGAUGGUGAGAACCUUUAUGAUCUAUUCAACUAUUCAACUAAGAUUUAGGUGAAUACUUUCAGAAGUGCUACAAAAAUAAAGAUAUACCCCAUAUGAGAUAUUGAAUGGAUCUACUUGCACAUAUUUGUGAAGUAACACUUCCACCUUGAAACAGUCUGUUUUCUGUUUACUUUUUUCUUGUAGCACAUGUCCACUUCCAGCACACUGCCGAGCUCAUAGACCAUCUGGUGGCAGCAAAGGCCAACUACUCUCUGCAGGUUUACCCUGAUGAGGGCCACAUUUUGAGAUGGAGCCACAGUGAUCAGCACUUCCGGCGCACCCUAAGAAACGAUCUCCUGGACUGUCUGGCUCCUAUGCCCCCUCGAAAGUCUGAUAGACAAGAGCACAACUGA